GCUCAAACUGUUCAUGUGGUUACCUUUGAGUGUGAUGAAUUUAAAAACUCUGUUUUCAUUUUUGAUUAUAGUCAUCUAAAGAAGUUGUUAAAUAUCAAGACAACAUGGCAAGGCUCAUUUUGGUAACAGCCUUGUGUCUGGUGUUCUUCCAGCUGGCACAUACCAACAGAAUGGAGUGCUAUUUCACCAACUGGUCUCAGUACAGGCCUGGGGAUGGCAAAUUUCUGCCACAAAAUGUAGACCCCUUUCUGUGUAACAGUCUUAUCUAUGCCUUUUCCAUCCUCAAUCAUGCCAAUGAGUUGGUUACCUAUGAAUGGAAUGAUGAUGUCCUCUACAAGGCCUUCAACAACCUUAAGAUAAAGAAUCCUCAUUUAAAGACUCUGCUGGCUGUUGGUGGCUGGAAUUUUGGCUCAACUCAGUUCUCUAUUAUGGUGUCAACUCCAGAAAACCGUCAGAAGUUCAUCCAGUCUUCAAUCAAAUUCUUGAGGACUCAUGGGUUUGAUGGACUGGAUCUGGACUGGGAGUACCCAGGUGCUCGUGGAAGUCCCCCUGAAGAUAAGCAAAGGUUUACUCUUCUCUGCAGGGAACUUGUUGCAGCUUUUGCAGCAGAGGCUGCAUCCACUGGCAAACCUCAGCUCAUGUUGACUGCCGCAGUGGCUGCUGGAAAAGGUACCAUUGACAGUGGAUAUGAGAUUGCCGAGAUUGCCAAGGAGCUGGAUUUCAUCAAUGUUAUGACCUAUGACUUCCAUGGAACUUGGGAGAAGUUCACUGGCCAUAACAGCCCUCUGUACCAAGGAUCUAUGGACUCCGGUGACCUAGUCUAUUUCAAUACUGACUAUGCCAUGAGUUACUGGAGAGACAAUGGCACCCCAUUAGAGAAGCUGAGAAUGGGAUUUGCAGCCUAUGGCCGGACGUUCCGUCUAACAUCAUCAAAUACAGGUGUUGGAGCCCCAAGUAGCGGACCUGCAUCAGCUGGACCAUACACGCGUGAAGCUGGAUUCUGGUCAUACUAUGAAAUUUGCACUUUCCUGAAGGACACCACCAUCCAGUGGAUUGAUGAUCAAAAAGUUCCUUAUGCAACUAAAAAUAAUGAGUGGGUAGGAUUUGAUAAUAAGGAAAGCUACCAAAUCAAGGUGAGGUACCUGCAGGAGCAGAAGUUUGGCGGUGCUUUUGUGUGGGCCCUUGAUUUAGAUGACUUUGCUGGAAAGUUUUGUGGAGAAGGCGCCCACCCUCUAUUGUCCCAUCUUCGCAGUCUCCUUAAUAUUGAGCUUCCACCACUUCCCUCAACAACUACCCCCAAACCUGGUGUUAGCACUACAUCUCCAACCACCACCACCACCACCACCACCACCACUACACAUGCUCCAGGACCUGGCUUCUGCAAUGGCAAACCUGAUGGCCUGUAUGCCAACACAGAUGAUAGGUCCAGUUUCUACAUGUGUGCUGCAGGCAUCACCCAUGUUAGUUACUGUGGAACUGGAUCUGUCUUUGAUGACAACUGCAAGUGCUGCGCUUGGCCUUGAGCUUUCAGUGGUAGCAAUGUAAAAUACAACUGACACCAACAAUUAAAAAGACAAAAUUUCCUCUUUCAUCUAUUGCUUAAAUAAUCAUGUACCUCUAUAUACUAUUACUUAGUACAGAAAAAUGUAUAGUUUUGGUGAAGUAUGUGACAAGAAAUAUAAUUUGCCAACAAACACAUACCAACAAAAAGAAACUACCUUAGUACCCUUAACUACACUGCUGAGAGCUGUCAAUGUACAUGUUAUUGGAAAUAAAGGAAUAAAAAAACA